AUGAUAAUGCCUUUCGGUCGCUCAGCCAAACCAAACAACCGAUCUCAACAACACCUGGUUGAAUCGGCUGGGCCCGCCGCCGUUUCUGGCUCCUCCCAAGCUGCUGCCGGCACGGAUCCCGCUGGGGCUGCCUCUGCCUCGUCCUCUCUGCCCGCCCCUGCCUCGUCUGCUCCCACCUCUGCUGCUGCUGCCGGCCAGGGCAUUUCCCCUUCCGGCGUUGCUGGCGCCCAACCCGGUCCCGGUCACGGCCACGGCCAGGCAGCCCAGCCCCAGGCCCAGGCCCAGUCGUCCCAGUCGUCCCAGUCCCAAGCCCACCAGGUCGGCGUGCAACCAAACAACCAAGGCCCCUCGUCAGCCUCGGGGCCCUCCACCACCUCCUCGGAAUCCUUUGUCCAGGACCUGCGCGCUGCCAGCCAACCACCGCCCCAGCUGCCGCCGUCAUCAUCUCACCUCUACUCUUCCCUGCCCACCGCCUCGUCCUCAGGCCCAAACAACAACAACAGCAGCAACAACAACUUGUCCUCGUCCUCGUCCUCGCCCCCGUCCCACCACCAGUCCCAGCUGCACCAGCUGCACCCCCUCAACACCGCCAGCCCCCCCGUGCCUGACGCGCGGGUGCGCAAGGCUGUGCAUGAGUUCGCAGAUGCUGUCGCCAGGUCGCAGUCUCAGAGAUAUCACCAAGUAGCCACCCCCGUCCAGCCAAACCCCUCCUUUGGUUCCUCCUUCGAAGACCUCUCAAGGCCCUACAGUAAUACCCCCCCUCAACCACCCCUCGCUUACCACCCGCAGCUUCACCACCAGCAGCAGCCCCACCAGCAUCAGCAUCAGCAUCAGCACCAGCAACAGCAGCAACUCCUCCACCAGCAGCAGCUGCAGCAGCAACAACGACAACAGCACCAAAAUCCACCAGCCCCCGUCGAGUCCAGGCGGUCGACGCGCCGAUUGAUCAAGAACAUCCUCGCCGGAGCUCCCAAUCUCAACAAGGCUGAACAGCAGGCCCGCCCCGAGUACCACCCCCACCACCAGCCCUCCCACUCCCAGCACACCUACGACAACACCGCCGGCCUUGCCCGCCGCCCGUCAAAGCGCAUCAGCAACCCACCUGCCCUGCGGACCGGCCCGUCUCAGGUCUCCCUCGACCAGCAGCCCGCCGACUGGCAGUCCCCGGGGCCCCAGACCCAGCCCUCGCCCCUGCAAAACAACCCUCACGAGUUCCAGCUGCCCACCCUUCGCCGUGUCCCUACCAACCAGGACAACUCGCCGUAUUCAGACGACGGUGGCUUCAUCCACCCCCACGGCCAGAUUCACACCCAGGCCCAGCUGACGCCCGACCAACAGCAGCAGCUGAACCAGGUCGCCUUCGAUCCAGCCACCCGGCAGUACCAAUUCAUCUCCCACUCCCCCCAGAGGCAGGGCCAGACCGAAGGGAACCAACCUGUGUACUCGGGCCUCCUCGUUGCCGACCAACAUCGCAACCCCGAGACAAUAUCUCAGUUGUCGCAUGAAUCCCCUGCCACCGAAGGUGAUUACCUGCUCUCUUCCUCAAACGUCCAAUCCGCGGCAACUUCCCCCGCCGUGAGGUACUCGGCACAAGACUUUCCUUCCCGGUCGACCUCACUGCAGCCGCACAGUCAGCAACUGCAUCAGCAGCAGUCGUCGACCUCGUCGCCCGACGGCCAGCAGCAAGAGCACCACAGCCAACAGGGUAUGGCUCCACAAGGAGGGCCGCCUCAGACAAGACGGUCCCAGGAAACCGAAAAGAGCCUGCGCGGCGAUAUCCCACCGGGGCCCCCACCUGGCUACAGGCACAGUCAGCAACCCUCCAACAGCAUGAACACCCUGCCUUCGGCUCCACAGGGUCCUCAAGGCGCAUCCGGCCCGAACCCUAGCUUCCGUCAGAGCACCAUCCAAGACCGGCAGCAGCAGCAGCAACAGCAGUUUGAAGGUGCUGCAGAGCAAGGUCGCAACAGCCCACAGCCAUCAGAAGAUCCCGAGAAGGCUUUUAAAGAUUUGCUGACAAAGUACAAAAAUGUUAAGCGCUUGUAUUUCGAUGGCAAGACCCAGAUCGAGCAGCUGAAUGGCCAGGUGGAGCAGCUUCAGAAUGCAGUCGCGAACCAGAGGAUCACACAGUCCCGCACCGCGCUGGACGACAAUGAGUACAUGACAAGGUUCAACCGGCUCAACGGAGCCAUCAACAACCUGUCCUUCAACAUUCGUAAAGACUGGACUUCGGUCCCAUCUUGGUUGGAGAGCUACGUCAGCACAGAUGCUCUAAAGACGGGCAAGCAGGAGAUGACUGCAGUUGGACGCGCUGUCAUCACCAGAUGGAUAGUGGAGGAGAUUUUCCACGGCUGUUUUCACCCGGGUCUCGAUCCUGAGCUCAGCAGACAGCUCAAGGAAAUCGAGCAGAACAUCCGCCGUGGCAACUAUACCAUGACCAGCCAGGAGGAGCACGACGCCCUGACCUCAAAGGUCGUGACCUGGAGGAUGACGACGCUGGACGGCCUGCAACACGUGCUGAACUCGGCGGAGAGUUCUGAACACCGCCAAGACUUCAUUCGAAAGGCCACGUCCAAUCUAACUGCAUAUCUCUUUCAGCAUCUCGCAGAGCCUCCCCCGGCCGGCGUUGACGGGAGCGCGAGCAUGAUCAUAGAGCUCGCCGUCAGCAUAGCGGCGAACCUGCCAAUGGAGAGUCGAGACGUGGCAAUCAUCUACCCGCUGCCACAGGAUAACCUACAACCCAACAUCAUGGAAGUCGAGAAGGCACCACUCCCGCCGAUCGAGACCAGGCCCCCCGACAGCGACGGAGAUGCGGACUCGAGAGAAGAAAAUGGCAAGGACAGCGGCGGUGAGAAGAGCAGCAGCAAAGAGCGCAGCAGCAAGUCCAGAGCCGCUUUGCCUCCAAAGGACAGCAACAAGCUGCGGUUCGCCGGCUUCCUUGCCGUCGAGGUUCGAGGGCGGCAGGUGCUCGUCAAGGCGCCCGUGUGGACGCUGGGCUGA